AUGUCGGAUCUUCAGGCACCGCUUGUAAGGCCCAAGAGAAAGAAGACAUGGGUUGAUUACUUUGUCCAGUUCCGAUGGAUCAUUGUCAUUUUCGUUGUCCUUCCAAUCUCGGCCACACUUUACUUCCUCAUUUACAUUGGGGACAUGUGGUCAGAGUCGAAAUCCUAUGAGAAACGCCGAAAGGAACACGACGAGAAUGUCAUGAAAGUCAUCAAAAGGCUUAAGGAGAGGGAUGCGGCUAAAGACGGGCUGGUCUGCACAGCUCGUAAGCCUUGGAUCGCCGUGGGAAUGAGGAACGUUGACUACAAGAGAGCCCGCCAUUUCGAGGUUGACUUGGGCGAUUUCCGUAACAUCCUUGAGAUCAACAAGGAGCAGAUGUUUGCUAGAGUGGAGCCUCUUGUCAACAUGGGACAGAUUUCCCGUGCCACCGUCCCAAUGAACCUGUCUCUCGCUGUUGUUGCUGAGCUAGAUGAUCUCACUGUUGGUGGACUCAUCAAUGGAUAUGGUAUUGAAGGAAGCUCUCACCUCUAUGGUUUGUUUGCGGAUACCGUUGAGGCCUACGAGAUCGUUCUAGCAGGCGGGGAACUUGUCCGUGCCACAAAGGAUAAUGAGUAUUCCGAUCUUUUCUAUGCAAUCCCGUGGUCACAAGGAACGCUCGGACUCCUUGUUGCUGCUCAGAUCAAGCUUAUUCCAGUUAAGGAGUACAUGAGGCUCACUUACAUACCAGUCAAAGGCGAUCUACAAACCUUGGCUCAAGGUUACAUGGAUUCUUUCGCACCCAAAGACGGUGACAAGUCUAAGGUCCCGGAUUUCGUCGAAGGCAUGGUGUACAACCCAACUGAAGGUGUCAUGAUGGUUGGAACAUACGCAUCUAAAGAAGAGGCAAAGAAGAAAGGGAACAAAAUCAACAAUGUGGGAUGGUGGUUCAAGCCAUGGUUCUACCAACACGCUCAGACCGCGCUGAAAAAGGGACAGUUUGUUGAGUACAUCCCGACUCGUGAAUACUACCACAGGCACACAAGGUGCUUGUACUGGGAAGGGAAGCUUAUUCUUCCAUUUGGUGAUCAGUUCUGGUUUAGGUUCCUCCUUGGUUGGUUGAUGCCUCCAAAGGUUUCUCUUCUUAAGGCCACUCAAGGUGAAGCUAUCAGGAACUAUUACCAUGAUAUGCAUGUUAUUCAGGACAUGCUUGUUCCCCUUUACAAGGUUGGCGAUGCCCUCGAAUGGGUCCACCGCGAAAUGGAGACCCCAAUCAAACAACAGAUAUACCCAGAGCCAGGCUUUGAAUACGAAAACAGACAAGGAGACACAGAAGAUGCUCAGAUGUACACUGAUGUUGGAGUCUACUACGCGCCUGGUCCUGUCCUAAGAGGCGAAGAGUUUGACGGAUCAGAAGCUGUGCGUAGGAUGGAGAAAUGGUUGAUUGAGAACCACGGAUUCCAGCCUCAGUACGCUGUGUCUGAGCUCGACGAGAAGAGCUUCUGGAGAAUGUUUGAUGCUGACUUGUAUGAGCAUUGCCGCAAGAAGUACAGAGCUGUUGGAACGUUCAUGAGUGUUUACUACAAGUCGAAGAAAGGAAGAAAGACUGAGAAAGAAGUUAGAGAAGCCGAACAAGCUCAUCUCGAAACAGCUUACGCCGAGGCAGAUUAA